UAAUAAUAAAUAUAAUAUAUAACACGAAAUAUAAUAUGUAUAUAAUAUAAUAUGUAUAAGACAAAAUUAAUCCAAGUGAUAUUACCCUGACUAGCGGUGAUGUAAUGCUGAUGUUAUGAAAUGCUACAUCAGUUUUUACUUUCAAUUAUUUUCGUUGUGGAUAUGAUAUGCGUACGCGACGUCGCCAUCACCAGUGCCGUAUGAUGUGUCUUGUUGUGUUAUGUGCGUGGAGUUUUGCGAUUAUGGUGUAUUUAUGGAAACAGAUCAAGGAAAGGGAUGAAUAUAAGACUUUGCGGUUUGCUAUCCGAAGACAAACAGAUGAGUUUGGAAUUGAAAUUCAACCAAAGGCAACUGCAGAUCAGAGAAAACAAAAUGGUAACGAUAUAGAUGAUUGGUUGGAUUUGGAGGCGUUCUUGAAAGGACUUCAACGCUCAAAGAACAAUCAGAUAAAAGUAAAACAACGACGGAAAGCUAAAAUUGAUUACGGAAAUGAUCGCGACUUGGAUGUGGAAGGGGUGAAUGACUUCAUGAUGUGGUAUGAGAACUUUCAAAACACCAACCCACAGUUGCCUACAUUACCUCGGCAGCGGAAAUGUACCAAACCAAUCGAAAACGUGGCUUUCCUGAAGACUCAUUUUACUGGUAGCGACGUGAUCACAAACAUAUUGAACAGAUACGGUGAUCUUAACAACCUCAAUGUUGCUUUGCCUAGCGAUGGCUUAUCGACAUUUUUCUGGCCGAUGAGAUUUCAAUGGAAAUAUAUAGACAUCACUAUGCUAAAUGGAUCUCUACCUAAUAUUAUAUCCAAUCAUGCGAGGUAUAAUAAUGACGUUAUGGACAACAUUUUAAAUCCAGGAUCGAUUUACGUGACGAUUAUUCGUGAUCCUGUUACACAGCUAGAAACGACGUUCAAUUAUUUAGGCUUUGGUGGACUUCUUCAAGUCACAAAUACUAGUGACCAAUUAAAGAAAUUCUUAGAAAAUCCAAAAUAUUACAUCCAAGGAGUUGUUUCACGCAAACGUUUCAAAGAUACAUUGAACUUGAUAAAAAAUGGUCAAUUUUUUGACUUAGGAUUACGAACGACGGAAUACCAUCGUAAAAAUAUCAUAAAAACAACAAUCCAAGAACUUCACGACAAAUUCAGUGUCGUUAUUGUUUAUGAAUAUUUAGAUGAGAGUUUAGUUUUACUCAAGCGACGUCUGUGUUGGCAAUUAGACGAUAUUUUAUACCUGAAAUUACACCAUACAAGCCAGAAUACAUGGAAUCGACCUUACAUACAACCAGAUCUUGCCGACAUGAUACGUCAAUGGAAUGCCGCCGACACGAUGUUGUACGAAUUCUUCAAUAAAACAUUAUGGGAGGAAAUCAAGUUUGAGGGUAAAGAAUUUUGGGAAGAAGUUUCUGAGUUUAAACGUAUGCAAUAUAUGCUGGAGAAUGACUGCGUAAAAGAUAAUGGAGAUAAAUUUACUUUAGUUGAUGUACCAACUGAACCUCCUAAAAAGAAGCCUGAGAAAGUUUUAAAAUUACGUCGGGGUUACACAACAAAACCGUCCGAGCUUUACCACUUGCGCACGCGCAGCCCUGAGUCAAAACGUCAUGCAGAAAUCAAAACAAAAGAGUUUAAAUUAGAUAACGCAACCAUGCGAGACAUUCUUUUGUACACUAAUCAAAUUAAGAAAGCUGGUGACAAAGUUGACCUGGAAACUAGUGGCGAUAACAGACAGACAGAAAUUAACCAAUACGAGAGCAACAGUAGUGUUGUUAUUGGUGACGAGGCUGUAAAUAACAAUAGUUUUCAUACUUGGAAUCAUGCAGAAACAUCUCAUAAAACUGAAUACAUAAAAUUUCCCAUAGAGGGUUCAGGUCAAGGUGUACCUUUUGUGAACGCGGAAACAGCUGAAAAAACGAACGUUGAACGAAUGCUGAGCGCGGGCGCCACGCCAUGGAAUAGCUAUUUUUGCAAGAAAUUACUUAUGAGCGAACUGGAAUACUUAGAUUAUUUUCGUAGAAAACAUGCUUAUGCGAAAGCAGAGUUCAAAAAUACAAAGAAAAAACGAUGACAGCAACUCUAAAGCGUGUAUUCAA